UUAAAAUCAUGUCAUUUAGACCUACACAGAAUCUACCAAAACCUACGAAACAAGCUAAACGUUAUCGAGCAGGUCAUGUACCCGAGAAUUAUGUUGACGAUCUUUCUGACUCUGAAGAAGAGUCUGAGAAUGAGCAACAAUCAUUAUUAAAUAAUGAACAUACUAAACGAGGCGAACUUCAUUUUGCGCAAAAAGAAGUCAAUACAGGUAUUCAACAAAUAACAUUAUCUGAUAAAGAUGUAAGCAGUGAUCGCCGUUUAAGGCGUUUACAACAAGCUCAACAACAGAAUGAUGGUAUAAGAAGCAGAAGAAGACGAGAAGUUAAUUCCUCUGAUGAAGAAGACCAAAAUGAAAGUGAUGAUGAAGAAGAAAAAGCAAGAGAACGAAUGCGUUUAAAACAAAAAGCUCUUCAACAACAACAAGAAGAAGAAAGUAAUAUACCUAAACAAGAGUCAGAGGAAGAAUCAGAAGAAGAAUCAGAAGAAGAAUCAGAAGAAGAGUCAAGUGAAUAUGAUUCUUCAAGUGAAGAAGACACAAUUGCUCGUUUACCGAAACCUGUUUUUAUACCAAAAUCUCGACGUGAAACAAUUCUACAACAAGAGAAACUUGCCAAAGAAGCUGAAGAGCGUGAAAAAAGAUUAGAAGAAGAAUUAGAACAAAGAAAGAAACAAUCUCACGAUAUGCUAGCAGAAGAACUUCGUCGUGAAAGAGAACGAGCUGCACAAAAGGAGAUUAAUGAAUUUGAAGAAACAGUUGAUGAUACAGAUGGUUUAGAUGAAGAAGCAGAAUUUGAUGCUUGGAGAGUAAGAGAAUUAAAUCGUAUUAAACGCGAUAGAGAAGAGCGUAUUGCUCGAGAGAAGGAAGAAGAAGAACUAGAACGUAGAAGAGCACUUCCAGAGGAAGUUCGAUUAAAGGAAGAUUUAGAACGAGCUAAACUGACUAAAGAACAAAAGGAUCAUGGUCAGCAACAAUUUAUGCAAAAAUAUUAUCACAAAGGUGCAUUUUAUCAAGAUACAGAUGAUGAGAUAUUUAAACGUGAUUAUACUGCACCCACAGUGGAUGAAGUACGUAAUAAGGAAUUAUUACCAAAAGUGAUGCAAGUCAAAAACUUUGGUCUUGCAGGUAGAACAAAAUAUACACACUUGGUAGAUCAAGAUACAUCAACGCGUGAUUCACCUUGGGAGAAGCCAUUAGCUAAACGCAGAAGAAAGAAUGAUAGUACUAGAUAUUAA